AUGGAUGCACCUUCUCCUCCUUUGCACAUAGCAAUGUUUCCUUGGUUUGCUAUGGGGCACUUAACUCCAUAUCUUCACCUCUCCAACAAACUAGCCAAAAGGGGACACAAAAUCUCUUUCUUCAUUCCCAAAAACACACUCAACAAGUUACAACAUCUCAAUCUUCAUCCAAAUCUUAUCACCUUUUUCCCUAUCACAGUUCCUCAUGUUGAUGGCCUUCCUCAUAAUGCUGAAACUACUUCUGAUGUACCCUUCUCUUUAGCCCCUCUUAUUGCUACGGCCAUGGACCAAACUGAUAAACAAAUUGAGCUUCUUUUGAGGGAGGUAAAGCCACAAAUAGUUUUCUUUGAUUGGCAAUAUUGGCUACCAAACAUAACUAGAAACCUUGGCAUCAAAAGUCUCCAAUACAUGAUAUUGGGUCCACUAAUUAAAAACGUUGAAAAUUUAGAAAGACUUAGUCAAGGAAGAGAUUUAACUGAAAUUGAUCUCACGGAACAACCUUCUGAGUUCCCUGAUACUUGCAUCAAGCUGCAUUCACACGAACUUCGAUUCCUAAAUUCAGUAAGGAAACUAGAGUUUGGCAGUGGUGUUUUAUUAUACGAUCGUAUGGGAAUAGGUGCAAAAUUGUCAGAUGCACUUGCUUUCAAAGGUUGUCAAGAAAUAGAUGGGAUAUAUGCUGAUUAUCUUCAAACUGUUUAUGAAAAACCUGUUUUGCUUUCUGGUCCUAUAUUACCUGAGCCACCAAAUACUACUUUAGAGGAAAAAUGGGUUGCAUGGCUUAAGGAAUUCAAACAUGGCUCUGUGGUUUUUUGUGCAUAUGGAAGUGAAAGUCCAUUACAGCAUAAUCAGUUUCAAGAGUUGUUGCUUGGCCUUGAGUUAGCGGGUUUUCCGUUUCUUGCAGCCCUUAAGCCACCUAAUAGAUUUGAAUCUAUUGAAGAAGCUUUACCUGAAGGGUUCAGUGAAAGAGUUAAAGGAAAAGGGAUUGUUUAUGGAAGUUGGAUUCAACAACAAUUGAUUUUAGAACACCCUUCUGUUGGAUGUUUCAUAACACACUGUGGAGCUUCUUCGAUUACUGAGGGACUCGUUAAUACCUGUCAGUUGGUGUUCUUGCCACGUGUAGAUGGUGAUCAUAUCGUAAAUGCAAGAGUAAUGAGUACAAAGUUGAAGGUUGGUGUGGAAGUUGAGAAAGGUGAUGAAGAUGGGUUGUUUACAAAAGAAAGUGUGUGUGAAACUGUGAAGAUUGUGAUGGAUGAUGAGAAUGAGGUUGGAAGAGAAGUGAAGGCAAAUCAUGAUAAGAUGAGAAACUUUCUUCUUAGCGACAAUUUAGAAUCUUCAUGUAUCGAUAAUUUCUGUCAAAAACUUUAUGAUUUGCUCUAG